AUGGCAGCCAUCGCCACUGCUCAGCCGAAGUCACAGGCCUGCGACUCUACCAAAUAUUUAGCCGGCAGAUCGGAAGCGCGUCUCUGUGAAGGACACAUGUGUCACGGGCACUUGCUUAUCAAGCGGCGUAAGACUCGCCAGGCGGAGAGAGUCACCGCUUCUGUUUCGAAUUACAAACAGCUAAUAGGUGCCCGGUGUGAUGAGCGCAGCUGCAUCGGCUGCGGCUUCGUUGAACAAGCACCAUCCGUCGGGGUCACUCCGCGUGUUUCGUGGGAGUCGCUAUUCGGUCCGUCUCCCUCGAGACUAUGGACAAUUUCGUCGGAGCAGCGGCAAUUUUGUAGUAUUAAAGUUCCGUGA